AUGACGUCGCAAGCAGCGUCACAGCGAGGAGAAGGAGGAGGGGGAGGCAUUUCCUGGCUCAGCACCAACGAUGUGGUGAACCUGGUAGGGAAUCUUUUCCGAGCAGACGAGGAGGACAGAAAAAGGCUAAGGACAAGGGCGAUCAUGAAGGCAGCGGUAGACGGAGAGUUCUUGUUGAGAAUCCUCAACGACGAGGACAUGGUGAUGUACGAGCUUCUUCUGACCAGACUGCAAGCGAGGAGGUUGAGAACGGAGCUGGAGAGGAUGACCGGAAGGGAGCCAGGCACCUUCCCCUCCCCUCCUGACGCUCAUCGACUCACCCCAGACUCCCAUGCGAUGCAGAUCCUACGGGACAGGGUGGCUGUGCUGGAGAGGAUAGUGUCUUCCUCCCCAGCGACGUCCCUCUUUGAUUUGACCAGUGAGAGUGGGAGGAGAGCAGAAGCGCACCAAGACAUCCCUCGCAUGCAGACGCUCUCAGCCGAUACCGAGAAGUUCCAGUCUCUGACUUUCAGACAAACAAAGUCACGGGAGGAGGAGGAGGAGGAGGAGGAGGAGGAGGAGCGAGCAAGCGACACAGUGAGGGUGACGGGGAUGGUGGGGGUUUCAGUGAAUGGCAAGGAGGAGUAUGACUCCCUGGACGAAUUCUCCUCUCCUCCUCGUCUGCUCCCGCGGAAGGAAGCGAGACCUGGCAAGGAUGACUCGAAGGCAGUUGCACCAUACAAGGAGGCCGGAUGCAGGAGAAGGGCGAGAGACGAGGAGGAGGAGGAGGAGGAGGAACACAACUUCUCGCUGUGGGCGAUAGCUGGUUGGGACGGAUUCAAAAUUCAGGCUACGGUGGAGGUGUUGAGCGGGCGGGAGAGGGUAUGGCGGGAGGGGCCGCCGCUUCCGCAUCCUCUCAGGGGACACGCGACUGUUGCGUAUAAGGAUCACAUCCUUGUCAUCGGAGGCUGGGACGGAAGCCGUCACCGCAAAGAGGUGUUCUGCUUGCACGCCAAGAGCUGCUUGCCGCCAUCAAGCGACCAGUGGAAACGAUUGCCAGACCUGCUGGAUCCCGUCUGCCAGGUGGAGGAGGAGAGGAGGACUGGGGAGGGGUUUGAGGGAGAGGAUUGA